AUGGCUGAACGAAGUGUUGUCGAUGAUGGCGGACCAGCAGCAGCAGGCAAUGUCGUCUUCGAUCCAUCGGGUAUGAUACCACAAGGUGAUGAGGAUCAGACCUAUCAAGCACAGCAGGACCAAGCGCUGGUUAUUGGUAAUAUGGUCCCUGCUUUUGAAUUCCCUGGUAGAGAUGGUAUGCCGCCGCCGCCUUGGGCUGCCUUUGACCCCUCGGCUAUGGUCCUACCAGCGAUCCCUCCAGGGUUUGGUCCGGGAUUCUUCCCGCCGCCACCGCCAAUUCCUCCAGGAGCCACUACUCAUCAUCUAACCCCUGAGAGCCCAGCGGCCAUGGCAGCUGCCGCAGGCUUGCCUCCUGGAUGGGCCGACUACCUUGCCACUGCUGACAACCCGGGCGAGAUCGUUCAGGCUAUUCACGACUUGGCAGCAAUCCAACAACUAGGGCCCGAGGACGACUCUGUCCUCCCUAGAGGGGUGUGUCGAGAAGGGCGUGGUUGGGUGGCGAGUGUAAGGCUACUACGCAAGCAACUGAAGGGACCGGUACGGCAUACUAUACAGCAGGCGGCGAGCGACCGGCUUCAUAUGACGAUGUUGAAGAAUACCCGACCCCACCAUGAAGUGCUUGAGAUGGUCCGGGCUAUGAAGCGGCGGAAACGCCCUAAUAGGCAGUCUGGGCUCCCACCGUCGCCUAAGCAGCCUCGGAAGCAGAAUAGGAUAAGAGAAUCUGAAGAGUAUGAAGACUUGCAGCAUGCAGGUGCCUCUCAGCAAGGGGAUGUUGAUGAUGAUAAUAAGACCGGUAAUUCCGCCGUUGUAGCAGCUGCUGCUGCUGCUGCUGCCGCGGCUUGGCCGGCUCCCCCUGGUACUGACAAUGGGAGCUCGGUGCUCGAGAUGGGACCAUCGUCUGGUGGGGAAGGGUCGAGUAGCUCUACUGGACAGGGGGUUGGGCCUGGUGCUGGAGACAGGGAUACCGAGGCUUUAUUGGCGGCUAAUAUUCACCAAAUGUCUGUACUACAAGCCCAGCAGUUGAGUGUAUUACAACAGCUUAUGUUUACGCAGCAGCAGGCGGCAGCUAUAGCUGCCUCAGCGGGGAGGGGCGACGAGGAGGGUGUUGAGAUAUCCAUCCCAGGAGCUGAUGAUCGCGAUGGUGGUAUACCAAGUAAUGACGGCUCGGCCGCUAUUGGUGGAGAUGACUCUGAAGAGCACCAAACGGCGAAGCGUAGUGGUAGUAGUAGUUCUGCAACGUAA